AUGUCUCCUCACAGCCAAAAUAUCGAUCCUGCCUGGCCACCAGGCACAGUUCGGCUUGAUGACCUCAACGCUGGCUCCGAGAUCAUCCUAGAGCCGAAGCCUAGCAAAGAUCCAAAUGACCCCCCUAAAUUGGCCACGAUGGAGGAAGCAUUUGAACUUCGCUCUCGUCUCAUAUUAUGUUGUGAUGGUUAUGGCAUUGUGAGCAAUAAACUCCGAUUCUCGGGCUACCAGUAUAAAACUAACAAAAAUAGGGUCAAUGUCGCCACUGUCACCUGGGGUCCUCUCAAUAUCGAAUUGGGGUUUAGCUACGCUCUGCUUAACGACAGCUACGCCGCUGGCUGCGGCGCUCUUGCGAUCGGCGGAAUCUUCCUCAUCCCUUUCGCCCUCAAAUUCGGCCGAAGACCCAUCUAUGUUUUGAGUACUGCAAUUCAAUGUGGCAUCAGUAUUUGGUCUGCUCGAAUGCAAAAUGUGGCGGAUCUAAUGCUGGUUAAUAUUCUAAGUUGUAUUGUGGGAGCGCUUUCCGAGGUUAUGGUGCAAAUGACGGUCGCCGACAUUUACUUUGUUCACGAGAGAGGACUUAUGAACACCAUAUACUACUGGUUCAUGACGGUUGGCACCUCCUUGGCGCCUCUGGCGGGAGGGUUUAUUACCCUUUCGCAAGGUUGGCGUUGGGUAUGGUGGUGGAUGGCCAUCUUGUUCGGUGCAGGACUCCUCGCCUUCAUCUUUCUCUAUGAAGAAACGAUGUUUGCUUAUGAACCGAUUGAUGGGGUUCCCAUUACUGAUAGAGCGGCAUCUGCACUCCCAAGCGACAAAGAUGCCGAAGCAUUGGCUCAUGGAGGUGUUGAUAUCGCGAAACGCGAGGAAGUGCCUUAUGAGCCAGUUGAAGUUGACUAUUCGAUUCCAAAGAAAACUUACCUGCAAAGAUUAUCACUAUGGUCAGAUUCGCCCGUAUCAUUUGGGCAAGUAGCCAAGCACUGCUAUCGACCUUUUCUCAUUAUGUUCAGCAUUCCUGCUGUCCUUUUUAUGGCCAUUGAGUAUGGCAUCAUGACUGCCUGCACGACGGUCCCGGUGACGACCCUUUCCUCUGUUAUGACACUACCCCCUUAUAAUUUUGGGUCAUCUCAAAUUGGUCUCAUGGGUAUUCCACCGUUUAUUGGGACCUGUCUCGCUACUAUUAUUUGCGGUCCCCUGAGUGACUCAAUAGCUCUUUACCUCGCCAAGCGAAAUGGAGGCAUUUAUGAGCCAGAAAUGCGCCUUUGGCUUUGCUUGGCGUUCGUUCCUCUUGUUCCUGCUGGGCUUUUUAUGUUUGGAAUUGGCCUUAACAAUGGCUCACAUUGGCUUUUACCUGCCUUCGGCCUUGGUGUCUCGGCAUUUGGGGUUGUUCCCGCCAGUGGCGCUGCACUCACAUAUCUCACGGAUGCGUAUACCGAUAUUAUUGCGGAUUCUGUUGUCGCACUGACCUUCGUUCGUAAUGUUAUCUCAACUCUAUUUGUGUUUGCUCUUCAGCCAUGGGUUGACCGUGUCGGCUUGAAGUGGUUCUAUAUCACAUUCGGCUUGAUAACGAUGGUGGUCAUGUUUGGAAAUGUCUUCUUCAUUUACUUUGGAAAGACAUUCCGCGUCAAGUUAGCCCAUAAAUAUCGCCAUUUUGGAGUGCAGAUAUCGGCUCUUUAA